AUGGACCGUGUUGCGAUUGCGGAUCUAGAAUUAGAGUUGGGCUGUCUGGAGGUAGCGGGGGAAUCUUCUUCUCUAAGACAAGACCACGGCGAUUCAGAUAUCUUCUUCGACGCGCCUCGAGACGUUACCUCUCGGCUCGAGCCUCCUUCGAAAACCAAAUCGAUCUAUACAUUUGGCAUUGAUGGUACCAUAGCAUGGGUCACACCAGCCGGAGAACUCCUACAGGUCGCAAGCUGUAUCAAGAGCAGAUUGAUCGGAGUCGAGUACAAGAAGACCAUCGAAAGAGGUGAAGGGUACAACGCAAGAGGAAAGCUUUUGGAGCGCGCUGUGGAAAGCGCGCACGGAUCAGGAUAUGGAAUUGGACUUUCUCUGGCGCAAGGUCUGGAACCUUACAGCGUGUGCUGGGUCCACAAUCGCUGGCCAAGAUUCAGUUUCAGAUACAACGAUCUAGACAUCAGGCUUCAGUAUUACGUUGAAGGCAAUUCCGUCAUCCAGCAAUAUCAGAUCCGGAAUGACGCCAAGGUACAGGCAGAUUUACCAUAUUCGAUCAGCUCCGACAUCUGCUUUCGUGAGCACCGACCGGGGCGAAAUCCUUUUCAUGUUGUUCCCACAGAGAAAAGUCAGGAAAGGCUGCUGCUUUUUCAAAACUCCGAGGUCCUGGUCAGGAAUACAAAGUUCAAGGCCCAGUAUAGAACGACGACUUUCUUGAACACGCAAAGAUUCUCGGCUUGGGCAGUCAAUCCGGUCAUUGAAGCUUCACAAGAAGAUGAUGAGGAGGAAGAGGACCUGUACCUAAAGGAGGUGGCUACAAAACAGCUGGCCAACACGAUUUCCGCGGAUGGAGGUUUGCUCAGGUAUGAUGACAAUAGCUUAAGGCGUCAGUGUACGAGGUUCUAUAACAGAGCGCCGGGACGCAAACAACCCGAAAUGUACAGAAAGCACAAUUUUGCACAAUCUCGAAGCGUAAUCACCAUACCUGGAGAGUCUACGCAAGAGCUCUGCACCGUCCUGGAGGUCUCAGAUCUACCGCUCAUUAGUGAUACUCCUACAGCUAACCUACAACGCCAGAAAGAUAAAGAAGCGGAAACGCAGAAAGAAAAGAUUACGGAGAAGGUAAACCACAUGCAGAGAAGGCUGACUGCGAAUGCCAAUCACUCGGUCUUGACCUCACUUGAUGCCGCCAAUUCGCCGCAGAUGCCGCAAUUUACGGAGGCUGUUAGUUUUAUCAACGAGCACCUUCGAAUUGCUAAGGCUUGUACAAAAGUCGAGAGGCUAGGGGAGGCAAGAUACCAUUACUGGGUGGCUUGCCUGAUUGCUGAGGUAGUCUACAACAAGAAGGCGAUUCCGCUGAGCGACAUUCGUUUUCAGUAUGCUAAAUUUCUCCAUGAAAAUGGUUGGCACGAUGCUGCGUUGAAAAUCAUGCGAGAUGUGUACCAAUACCGGGACCUCGACGAUAUAAUGAAUCAAGAUCCCAAGUCCCGAGAGCUUACGAGGGGUAUCAGGUAUCGUCUUGCUUCAAUGUACCUUGAAGAUGGCCUCCUUACGGAAGCUGGUGAUAUAUUUGACGGCACCUGGUCGUAUUUCAACAAGGAUAUGACCCCUCCCGAUCUAAACUGCUACAGCUUCUUGGAGAGAGCAGCAUGGACUCAGGUAUGCCAAAACAAGCACGAGAAAGCAUACGAAAGCUAUUCUGUUUUAUUAAAUCAACGAUCACUCCCUCGCCGAAUAAUGCUUUGCAACCUUGCAUUCGUGAGGCGUAAAACAGGAUAUUUUCAAGAAGCUGAGUCACUAUAUCGAAGUGCUCUGCAUUGUUCCGACAGCGGUACAACAAAUGCCACAGAUGAUAUGAUCACUAGGAGUGGGCUUUUCGCUUGUCUGCGUGGAUUAGGCAAACAUGCAGAGUCGGAUAGUGAGCUCAAGUCCCUCAGAGGAUACGUCGACGUCAAUUCUCGCAUCACGCUUUCGCCAAGAUUCGAGUCUCCUUUCGACAAAGCCGAAUUCCAAUUUACGAUGACAAGGCACCUAGAAACGCUCUUGUCUGUGUACAGCAUUCCAAUACUCGGAGAGGAUGGUACUUCUGGCAAUGCAUUCGUAGAUGGUGACCCUCUCAAAUGCAUUAAUGAUUCCAGCGGUGCCUAG